AUGUCCGAUGCAUAUGAAGUGGAAGCGAAUCCGAGGAAGUCGCGAAGGAGGAGGAAAAGAAGCUCCUUUCCUAAACGCGUAACCCCGAAAAGCUGCCAGAUCGGCGCUCUUCUGGCCCUGACAGCCACGACACUCGCUUACCAGGACCAAAUACCUAUACGACCUCUCGACCAUUCACAAGGAUACCAAUUCAAUCCGCUCCUUCACCUCCCAGGAACAUCACCUUAUUUCGACGCUGUUGGCUUUGGGCUUCAACACAAAGCUCCAGAUGGAUGUACCGUCAACGCAGCUUCAUAUUUAAUCCGUCACGGAGCGAUCUACGCCAACGAUGAUGAAUAUGAAGAAUUCAUCAAACCGUUUCUCUACAAGCAUGAGAAGCACAGGGGCGGGUUUUCAGGUCCACUAGAGUUUCUCAACAAGUGGCAAUCCCCUAUUGAUGAAGACAAUCUUGAAGAACUCACUCCAUCCGGCGCCAAUGACUCUGUCAAAGUCGGUGCACACAUUGCUAGACGUUAUCCCGAACUUGCUAAAACAGUGAGCCGAGUCGUGGCUGAUACUAAACCUCGCACUUUUGAUACAGCCAAAUCGUUCAUUAAGGAAUAUCCGAAAUCUGAAGAUAUUGAGAUUGUCCGCUUCAACAAGAAGCAGCUUAACAAUGGCACACGAGCUCUUCUCCCUCACAAGGCAUGCAGCAUAUUCUCCAAAUCACCUGGUGCUGAUGAGCAGAAUGCGUUCCUCGACGUCUACGGUUCUCGUGCUGCAGACCGCUUGAGCCCCUACACUCCAGACGACUACAAGCUUGACCCAAAAGAUAUCCUAGCCUUACAAUCUAUCUGCGGCUACGAGACUGGCAUCACAGGCCACACAUCCCCAGCUUGUUCAGUCUUCACCGAUGCCGAAUGGAUGUCCUACGAAUACAUGUGGGACAUGAAAUACGCAUACAUGGUCGGACCACUCAACAAACUCUCAAACUACCUUGGCAUGCCCUGGCUGACCGCCCAAGCCGACCUCUUCGACGCCAUCGAUGGCGAAAACAAUUCUGGCGCAGUUCUCGACGACGAUGACAACACCGACCCCCUCACCGGCUGGCCAAAAUCCCAACGUCUGUUCCUCUCCUUCACUCAUCGCGAAGUACCGCCCGUCGUCGCAACUGCCCUCGGCCUCUUCAACAACAGCGCCUCAUGCGGCUUUGACGAGUUCCCAACCUCUCACAUCAACUGGGCCCGAAGUUGGCGUAUGUCCGACCUCAUCCCCUUCCUUGGCCAUGUUGGCAUGGAGAAGAUGAUCUGUAAUAGACCUGGGGCACCGGGUCAGAGUGGUGAGUAUAUACGAUUCAUCGCGAAUACUGCACCGAGACCUCUGCCAUUUUGCCAGAGUGGACCUGGCGCGAGUUGUCCGUUUGAAGAGUUCAAGGAGAUUAUUAAGGCAGGAAAUGAGAAGUAUGGAGACUUUGACGGUGUUUGUGAGAAUGAUAAAUAG